AUGAACAAUGUGUGGACCACGAUAGCAUUACGAGCGCCUUGUGCGCGACGACAGCAGACCAAACCUCUACGGGAGCUGUUCAAUGGUUAUGCGAGAUCACGGCGGAGUAUAAGUCACAGCUACUCUCCCGUGGCGCCAUGUGGAAGAACGGCACAGACUAGUACAUGGCACAUGCGACAGAUUCAGCGAACAUCGGCAUUCUCCACGACCGCAUCGGUCAGUGCAAGGGUUCGACCACCCCCACCAGCCAAAUUCGAUCCGGACGUGGCACGAAGACUAGAUGAAGCAGAGGCAAGAACCAGAGCUGAGCGGAAGGUCGGGCGAGAGCAGGCGGAGGCACUAUCGACGCUGAGACCAGUAGAUACUAACGCCUCAUACACGGAAGGAGUCAUAGCAGAAGACGAAGAUGAAGGAAAGAUAACAUGGCGCGACUAUGACCCCGAAGGCGGCAUGCCACUACCCAAUGGCGAGCUCCAUGGAUCAAAGCUUCAACAGGUCUUCGACAGCAACGCCAUCAACAUAGACACGGGCAACUACAUCCUCUCCGUCCUCCACUGGCGCCGCAUGUCCGGCGCUCUGAUAGACUCCGGGAUUGACUUUCCUCAAGGCAGCGGUGUGAGCCGAGACACAGCCCUACGAGGUCUCCAAUACAUCCGUAGCCUAGACCCGGCCUUCGACGAACAAGCUGCCGGAGCCCGAUGGGCAGAGGAAGAAGGACUGCGCUUACAGGAAGAAAUUCAGGAGCGGGCGAGGAGUCUGGGGAUCUACAAACAGGAUAAAGAUGCCGAGUACUAUGAGGGAGAGGAGAUGGACCAAGGCACACCCGAGGGACGCGAACGGCAGGGGACGAGUGUACUGCGUACGCAUCGUGAGGAGCGGGAAGCCGCCCACGAAGCCGAACAAGCCAAGAAAGAAGCUCAGGCGUUACGAGAUGAAGCUACGGCACUACACACCCAACGUGGACCUCUAGAACUAGCAGGUGGUGUCCAACCCCCCGUCGCACUCACAACCACAGGACCCUCGGGCGUCCUAUUCGGCAGCGGCCCACGCACAGCCUGGCUGCCCGCCACCGUGGAACGUAAACCCUGGGUGAAAUACUACGAAGACUCCGCCAACCUCCUCAAAGACAACGUCCUCCCCUCCCUCAGCACCCCCCGGCGUCUCGCUCCCGCCUUCCUCCUCCUUCUAACAACCCUCUACGCCGCGAACUUCCUCUCGCAAAAUUAUACCCCACCCCCCACCUCCGCGAGACUCUGGCCAGAUACCCCACCCGCCGUCAGCACGCUCACAGCCGUGACAGUGGUACUGGGGACGUUCUUCCUCCUAGGCCGCCUCCCGCCCUUCUGGCGCACACUAAAUAAGUACUUCACCAUUGUCCCCGCCUCCCCGAACCCAGUGAGUAUCCUAGGCUAUACCCUCCGCCACGACACCCUUUCCCAUCUAGCCGUCAACACCUUCGUCCUCUGGACCUUCGGCCUCACACUGCACGAAGAUGUCGGUCGAGGAACCUUCCUCGCUAUCCUCCUCGCUUCCGGAGCAGUCGGCGGUUUCACCUCCCUAACCGCCAACGUCCUGCGCAAGAAUUGGAAUACCUACGCCUUUGGCGUCUCGUCCGCUGCUUUCGGCGUUGUGACUGCGGCUUGCACAUUACGGCCUAAUGGGACGCUGCAGAUAAACGGGGUGGGGGAGAUUCCGUUCGCGGCAUGGGUUCUGGCGUUGUUGCUUGGUGCUGCGGAUAUCGUAGCUUUGCGCUUUGGAUUGAGGGCGGGGACGGAUCACUGGGGACAUUUGGGUGGGAUGGGUGCGGGUGUUAUCGCUGCGUUGGGGUUGAGGAUGCGGCUUGCUGCUAAUAAGGCGGACAAGGAGAUGGCGGAGCCGCAGAUGAUGCGGGCGUAUGCUCUUCCUGCUGGUGAUUCGAGAGAAACAGAGAGCAGAAGAGCUUAA